AUGAUUGGCGGCCUCCAAUCCCAACUUGCAAGCGGGCAUCUCACCCAAGAUAUUGCAUACCAAAGAGUUCAGAAACUCACUGCUUCUUUCCAGGCCACCUUGAACGAAGCCAACGGAUGUGGUAUUUGCUUCAACAACCCGGGCCAUUCUAGCAGCGUUGCUUCAAGCACUAUGAUCCAGUUCACUAACUUCAAGAGCUUGUUGCAAACCACCUUUGGCAAAAGCCCUUUUACCCAAAUUUCUGCUUCAGUCUUCUUGAAUCUCACCUCAUUGUUCCAGAAGUUCUUCCAGCAAACCACUGAUUCUUUGUCUUUCAGCUUCAAUAGCAUCAUCACCCAGAACUUUCGCCCGGUCAUGCAAGACAUCAUGCCUUUUCUCGUCCCAUCCCUUGAACAGUUGGUCUUCCAGAAGAAACAGAGCCUCUUCCACUCAUUCUCUCCUCCCUGGAAAAUUUCCUGA